AUGGUAAGGAUACUUUUUCAUCCUUUUUUUUUUCAACGGAAAUGAAGUCAAAUUUUACCCCCAUAAAAGCACCUAAAAGUGAAUGUAUCUGUGUGACAACUCCGUUUUAAUAAUUUACCGGUGGUAACAAUAAAUUAACUUUUUCUUUGAUUUUUUCCAGUCUCUAUGUGCUUCCAAUCCAUGCAAAAAUGGAGGAACCUGCAUCCCGAAUUACAUGAACAAUUGUUACAAUUGUCUCUGUGGAGAACGUUUCUUGGGGAACAAUUGCGAGAGAGGUAACUUUAAAACGUCUUUUUUCUUUUAGUUUUUAAACUUAAAUCUGUUGAUUAUUUGACCCUCCUGUAUUUUCUCUGGCUUCAACAGCAUUCACCUGCUUUCCUGUUUUCCUUAUUCUUGCUAUGAUAUGACUUUCAUGUUCUAUUUGAAUUCUCUAUAUUUAUUUCCCCUUUAAUCCCUAAGAGUGGCUGGCUUGUAUUUCUCCUUGUAGCAUCGCCCUUACAUGUCACGAAAAUAAAGGAAAUUAUCACCAAUUUAACAAGCUCUUCAAUGUCAAACAAAUUCUCGUUUCCAGUACCAUAGGAAAUGUACUGGGAAGAGUAUGGGGAAAAUACAUACUGAUGUUAGGUUGUACAGGGUUCAAUCAAGCUAUGUUUUGAUGAUGUCUGUUUGUUUGCCUUCUUUUCGUUUUACAUCGAUCGAUUUUAUACUGUUUUUCUUUAACAUUCUCGUUUUGUUUUGCUACAAUUUUUCGUAAUGUCUUGAUCUAAAUAUUUUGUACUAUUCGAUUGUUUGCCAAUUAUGGAAAAUUGGGGCCAUUGAGAUAUCCAUGCUUUUGUUCUUAAGAGCGCUAUUUGAGAUAAAAACAAAACGUCCUUGCAUGCAAGCUAUGUUUUGAUGAUGUCUGUUUGCUUUCCUUUCCCUCGUUUUUCAUCGAUUCUUACGCUGUGUUUCUUUAACAUUUUCGUUUUGUUUUGCUACAAUCUUUGUAAUGUCUUGAUCUGUAUAUUUCGUACCAUUCAAUUAUUUGCUAAUUAUUGAAAAAUUGGGGCCAUUGAAAUAUCCAUGUCACUAUUCUUAGGAGCGCUAUUUGAGAUAAAAACAAAACGUUCUGCUCGAUUUUCUUUGUCUUGAGUCCCUUGCAAGUUUGAUUUCGAAAAUGGAAUCGACGAGUGGAAGAGGACUGGUACAGUGUUUGAUAAUCAGCCGACAUAUGGCGAUAAUCCUACGGCUCGUAACAGAGGGCCAUCCAAUCAUCAGGGAGAUUGGUGGAUUGGAGGAGCAGAGCACCGACCUAACAUAUCCUCAGCACCAGGAAAAUUCCAAUCAGGAGGAGGAGAUGGGCCGCAGGGAACCCUGACCUCCCCAACUUUCAAUGUCAUUGGGCAAACGAUCUCAUUUCUUAUUGGCGGAGGUUGUGAUGUAAAUGUUGUUCGUGCUGAAUUGAUUGUUGGUGGCCAGGUGGGCAAAUUUACUGACCUCAGUCAUAAGCUUUGAAAGUUUUUAAAAGAUGAUUAACGACUACUUUUGUAGUAGAUAUAGGAUUGGACAUUAGUAUGAAUAUUUGACAAACCAAUGACUCAAUAUCUCGCACAUCUCACAUAACUCUUCACAAUGAAAUCACAUGGAGAAGGUUAGGGAUAUUUUACUACAUAUUCUGGAGUAAAAGUCGGCCUGCAAACUGGUGGAGAUAGUAGCCACUUCAAUCCGUUCUGGAUUCAAAGGAAGACGAACCAUAACAGCCAUGAAUUAUCUUCCUUCGUUAUAGUUUGAAUAAAAAUAAGUAACUUGCACUUUCAAUGUAAUAUGUCAGGAGCUAAGCUCAGCUUCCUUUAUAUAAGUUCGGACCUUAUUAUUUUAAUUCCUUUGUAUGUUUUAAAUGACUGCGAUCUUUUUACACUUUCGUUUCCGGCGUCUUCUUGAGAGUCACAAAUUAUAUGCUUUCCCUUUUUACAGGCUGUGAGGAACAAAACCGGCCAGUGUAAGGAGACAAUGACCCGAAAGAAGUAG